GAAACAAAUAAACAAAUGGCACACACGCACAGAAGAAGAAGAAGUGAGAGAAAGGCAAAUGAAGAAGACGAAUUACGCAGAGAUUUCGCCGGCCGGAGAUCACGAAUAAGUUUAUUAGCUUCAAAAUAAGCUCGACGAAGCUACAAUGGAGCUUCCAUUACUCUCUUACACCAACUCCGCCUCGUUUUCGCGGACAGGCUUAUGCUCUUCUUCCUCCUCAGCUAGUGUUAGUGACUUAACGGAGAGAAGGAGGAACUUGAGAAUGAGAUUCAAUGGUGGAGAAAAUUCUAGAAUCGUUAAAGCUUCCGCUGGACGAAGCAGCGAAGGGAUUGACAAGACAGACGGUGUAAGUGGCGGCGGAGGAGGAGGAACAAGACAAUUCGCUGGUCCUGCCAUGGAGGUUACUACACUUGAUCGUGGCUUUGCUAACUCCACCACCGUUGAUUUCCCGAUCUGGGACAAAAUCGGCGCCGUCGUUCGACUUACUUACGGAAUCGGAGUAUAUGGAGCAAUGGCUGUGGCAGGAAGAUUUAUAUGUUCAGUGACUGGGGUUGACUCGUCUGGUGGAUUUGAUCCUUCUCUUGAUGCACUUCUUGCUGGACUUGGCUUUGCAACACCUCCAAUUAUGGCUCUUCUCUUCAUACUCGAUGAUGAGAUUGUGAAACUAUCACCGCACGCUCGAGCCAUUAGAGAUGUGGAGGAUGAGGAACUCAGAAGCUUUUUCUUUGGAAUGUCGCCAUGGCAGUUCAUACUCAUUGUCGUGGCCAGUUCGAUAGGAGAAGAGCUCUUUUACCGUGUAGCUGUUCAGGGUGCUCUGUCUGAUAUGUUCUUGAGAGGGACACAAUUGAUGACAGAUUCUAGAGGCAUGGCAUCUUUGACCGGAGUCUUGCCUCCAUUUGUCCCAUUUGCUCAAGCAUUUGCAGCUGUGAUCACUGCAACUCUCACAGGCUCUCUCUACUUUCUUGCUGCUUCUCCAAAAGACCCUGCGUACAUUGUUGCCCCGGUUUUAAGAUCACGCCGAGAUGAUUUCAAGAAGCUUCUGUCAGCUUGGUACGAGAAGAGACAGAUGAAGAAGAUAUACUCUCCCCUCCUCGAAGGACUCUUAGCUCUCUACCUCGGUUUUGAAUGGAUUCAGACGGAUAAUAUUUUAGCACCGAUGAUGACGCACGGUAUAUACUCGGCGGUAAUAUUAGGUCAUGGGCUGUGGAAAAUUCACGAUCACCGGAGAAGAUUACGUCGGAGAAUCGAACGGGUUAGAACGGAGACCACCAAUGAACAAUUUUAAAUCAACUCUAGCAUGUAAUAGGUUGGGGUGGGGGACUUGUGUGUAAUAUUUUUUUUGGUAAGGGGUCGUAAGUAACUAGAGAAAUUAGGUAGGACCUCUUCCAUAAAAUUUAGACAGCUGCUGCAUACAGUAGAGAAGUAUUGAAAGUACAUAUAUAUAUGUAUAUAUAUUAUAUGUUAUACAUAAAAAGCUUGUAUUUGCUCUUAGUUGUGACUUGUGACUUGUGAGAACAAUCAAUUUUGAGAUC